AAGAUGGAAUAGGAUAACGUAUGUUAUCACGAGUGACCUGAAAAAACCCACAAUUUUUUCCUCUCUCUCUCUCUCCUUCCAAACACAAAGAUUGUAGUUUAAGCAGUUAGCAAUGGGUGUCUCUUUCCUCUCAAUUUCAACUCUUCCUUCUCUCCUUCCACCACUUGUUGCUCAUAAUCCAAAAUCAACUCUCACCAAAUACCAACCUCGUUCGGUGGCCAUUUGUUGUACUAAAAUAAACACUGAUGUUAGUGAUGAAGAAGAACAGUUCCAUUGGAAAAGAAGAGACAUUCUUAAAUGCAUUGGGGUAACCAUUGGUUUGGAAUUGAUAACCAACUCCGGACCGCUUGUCGGAAUGGCUAAUGCUGCUGACCUGAUAGAACGAAGACAGCGUUCUGAAUUUCAAUCUCAAAUUAAGGGAACUCUUUAUACAGCCAUUAAGGGAAAUCCUGAUAUUGUUCCAUCCUUACUAACACUGGCUCUAAAUGAUGCUUUGACUUAUGAUAAGGCAACGAAAACGGGUGGCCCAAAUGGUUCUAUAAGGUUCAGCUCAGAAAUAAAUAGACCUGAAAAUAAGGGGCUUUCUGCUGCCUUGAAUUUCAUAGAGGAAGCAAAAAAAGAGAUUGAUUCAUAUUCCAAAGGUGGACCUAUUUCAUAUUCAGAUCUCAUCCAGUAUGCAGCGCAAAGUGCUACCAAGGCUACAUUUUUAGCUUCUGCAAUUCGCAAAUGUGGUGGAAAUGAGGAGAAAGGGAAUUUGCUGUACACUGCAUAUGGAUCAAAUGGACAGUGGGGUUUGUUCGAUCGGCAAUUCGGUAGGGCGGAUACUCAAGAGCCAGAUCCAGAGGGGAGAAUUCCAAUUUGGGAUAAAGCAAGUGUUCAGGAAAUGAAAGAUAAAUUUUCUGCAGUUGGCCUUGGUCCUCGCCAGCUGGCUGUUUUAUCAGCAUUCAUAGGUCCUGAUCAGGAUGCAACAGAGACCUUAUUGGCAUCUGAUCCGGACAUUGCUCCAUGGAUACAAAAAUACCAACGGAGCCGCGACACAGUCUCUCGAACAGAUUAUGAGGUUGAUCUAAUAACCACUUUUACAAAAUUAAGUACCUUGGGUCAACAAAUUAACUAUGAAGCAUAUACAUAUCCUCGCGCGAAGAUCGACAUUACCAAACUCAAGUUGUAAAACUAGAGUACCAUAUCACUUUCACUUCAAUUUCAAGUUUUGACUUGUAUUGUCUCUUUGUUUUUAACUAAAAAAUGUUGAGCUUCUAUGCAAUUACUUGUACUCAUGUAGUGAAUAGAACCAAAUUCUUAUCCAAUUAUGGCAUGUGACAAAUGAUUGUGGGUUGCUCAAGUGCCAACCUUGUAUAACCAUAUCUAUCAUUAAGUCGAAGCAAAACCAAUAUUAGAGAAUGUACAAGAAUUUCACUAAUUUUACUA